AUGCUUCCUUUUAUCUUAUGUGCCAGUUUCUGGCUUGCUCUUUUGGCUCCUAUAGUGGCCAUGGAGGAUGAGCUGGCUACCACUCACAGAAACCUUGCUGCUGCGGAACGCGAACUGGCCCGCAAAAACCAGUCAACUGUGCACCCGCAAUUAGAUACGUUGAAAAAGCAGCUUGAUGUGCUUAAUACUCACUUUCAGCCGGCAAACUUUUCCUUCAUCGUUCAAGAUAUAGAAUGGGUUUCUAAUAAGCGAUUAACAUCCUUCUCGUAUCCACAGGGCGCCUCCUAUUACCACAAGGGUGAUAAAAGUUCUCUCAAUAUCUACUUCGUCAAACACAUCAGUGAUCAGGUUGGCCUGAUUCUGGGUGGCGAGAGCCCGACUCCUGAUCUGCUAAAACAAUAUCCGUUGCAGGAUGGUGUAAGGAUAGCAGCGGGUACAGUUCCUGGCGGAAGCUUUGAAUUUUAUAACAAAGGCCUAACGGUCGUUCAUGAAGUCGGUCACUGGAUUGGUUUAGCUCACACCUUUGAGGGCGGCUGUGACGGCGAAGGUGAUUUUAUUGACGAUACACCCGCCUCAGCUAAUGCCUCUCGCGGCUGUCAAAUCAAUCGCAAUUCUUGCCCUGGUAGGGAUGGCCUUGACCCUAUCCACAACAUUAUGGAUUAUUCAGCAGAGUCGGAGUUUACACGCGGCCAAAUCGAUCGCAUGCAUGGUCUAUGGAAGAAGUACCGCAGCCCCUCUCAAGGGAGCGACACCCAGCCUCGGCCCUGGCGUUUAUGGAUACCUAGCAAGCCCGUGAGGCAAACGCAUAAACUACCAUUCUUCCCCGAUCCUUGGAAUAUCGACCUGGCCAAGCAGAGAUGUCGACGUAACACCGAAGGCAGCGCCGAAGAGCAUCGAGAGAGCUACUGUGGGACCAACUUGUACUGCCAAGAAAGACUAUACGAGUUUGGGAAUGGCGAGAAGUAUGCUGACACAGCUACGUGCCUGUCGGUGCGAACCGACCCCCAAAGCAACGAACCCUAUACUGAGCUGCUUCCAUGGACGAUGCGUACGGCCCCUGACGAAAGCUGUCGGCAAUUUACCUCCGCGAAUUACUUCCUUGAGCAGCUGUGCGGCACUGACAUCUUUUGCAAAGGGUUUGACUUGCCUAGCCAGGUGACGAUAUCUGAUGCUCAUGGUCAGUCUGCUUGGGGAAAAUAUAACAGCAGCUCUUCCUGCUUUGAGGACCACGAUCCCGCACCCGCAGCGCCUCUGACACACACCGUCGAACCAACUCCAAGUUUAACGACAGUUCAAGUUAGGCAAUGCCCUAGAACAGGAUAUAAACUAGAGGUCUUGGAGGGUCAAGUGUGCCCAGAUGGAACAAAGGCUCAGGAAUGGAAGCCCGGCAUGCCGAACCCAACCAAGGGUGCUUCUGGGUGUUAUCACUUUACCGCAAACUGUCAGUAA